AAAUGUCAUGAGUAUGUAUGAACAAUGAAAAAUCACAUGAUGAUGUUCAGGUACUGUACCUAUAAUAAGUAUUUAUAAGUGCGAUCCCAGUAUAGCUUAGAUCUAUAAUCUGUUCCUACGCUAUACAGAACUAUGGCACUAAGUGUUCUGCUGGUGACCUGUCUAAUUCUGAAGUUGCUUGAAACAGGUGUGACUGCUACAAACUACUGUGUCAUCGAACAAACGUCUACUGAUUCAAAUUGCCAGACACUGCAAUACUAUGCUAAACACCUUCAGAACAUUAGCAACCAAGAUGGCAACAUUACAAUGACAUUUUUGCCUGGUGAUCACAAGCUAACGGAAAUAACUUUCCACUUGAUAAACAGGACAAGCGUUGCAUUCACCACCUGGACUCAACAAAAUGUUAAAAUCUCUGUGGGGUUUGGAGCCGGAAUCACCCUUGAAAACAUUACAAACCUUACUAUCCAACAUGUGACAAUAAUUCCAAACCCUAUCGAAGGUGCACUCAUUUUCAAAAAUAUACAAUUAUUCCGGUUGAUACAAAUAAAUAUUACAUAUACACAAGUCAAAAUUCCACCACCAACAAUCAGUCCUUCAAUGAGUAACAUACGAAACACUGAAAUAACUCAAUCAACAUUUGAUCACUGCAUUCUCAUUUUUGGACAAGAACAUGACAGCUCGAUCAAAGAAAUCAGCCUGGCCUUACAGAAUGUAUCGAUUUCCUCAGUCAGAUUUCAUUCGAUACACUCAGCAGUAAGAAUUACAAUGGAUGAAGGAACGUAUCUACUGAAUUUUACCAACUCCUCUAUAUCAAGUCAAAACACUGGAAUACACCUCAAGGUAUACAAUUCCAAGCUUAUUUUUGAUAUGGAAAAUGUGAACAUUACAAAUUCACACGAUGGUCUAUACAUAGAAGAUAUGAGUGAUAAGCAACUGUCCACUGUUACAGUAAAUGCUGCUUAUUGCUUGUUUGAGGCAAAUAGAUAUGGGAUAGUGAUAAACUCUUUGACAGACGUUCCCUCCACUGUGAUUGUAACAAUGAAGAAUUGUAACAUCACAAACAAUACAGAAAGUGGCAUCAUUAUCCACAAAUCACGAUCCGUGAAAUUGCAAAUGACAGUUGAAUUCUGCCAUUUUACAGGCAACACUGGUGUUAGCAUAUUAAUAGAUGCAACAGAUGAAGAGGGGUCUAAGCUAAAGCUGAACAAUUGCACAUUCCUCAGUAAUGAAGAUGUUCUGCAAGCACGAUCUGUAGUUCAACUGCACGGCUACAUAGAAACACGUCUAUCCAAUUGUUUCUUUCAAGAUAACCGAAACACACCUAUCGAAAUUAAUUUUGGGGACUUAGUAUUUACACACAAUAACUGGUUCAUCGGUAACCGUGGUUAUUACGGUGGGGGUGUAUCAUUAAUCGACUCUACCGUCAUUUUCACUGUGAAUGCACAAGUCUACUUCACAAAUAACAGUGCACGUUUCGGAGGUGCAAUAUAUGUUGUCAAAACAUCGUGUGCAAGCAAAUCCCCACUUUGUUUCUAUUCAGCAGCCAAUAGUUCAUAUAUUUAUCUCACUGAGAAUACAGCUGACAGUGGAGGUGAUGAAAUAUACGGUGCAGCACUUAACGAUACAUGUAUUGCCAAUAGUAAUUCAAAUACAAGUGUAUCAGUCUACCGCAAUCAUUUCAAGUUCAACAAUUAUACUGAACCCAAACUAUCUUUGGUUACAUCUGAUCCCAAACGAAUAUGCUUGUGUCGCCAAGAUACUCUAAUACCUAUUUGCUCUGAUAUCAAUUACAUAUUCAAUACAUCCAUAAAGAAUGGAUAUCCCGGAGAAUACUUUGUAUUUUACAUAGUCCUAGUGGGUUACGAAUUUGGUACUGUUUCAGGCACGGCUUACAUCAGAGCUCUAGAUACGGAAAAUGUCCAGUCAGUAGCUAUUAACUCGACAUCAUGCACUGCAGUGAACUACACAAUCAACUCCAAGCUGAACACCACAGUAACACUGGUACUGACGACUCAGGAGAUAGCUCUGAGAGAGUACGGGGAUCGAGAUUACAUGGAGGCCGCAAUCGAGACGUACAACGAAUCAGAAGUGAUACCAGAAUCUCUACUCACUACUCCCGUCUAUAUUGAUAUCAAAGUACAAGAUUGUCCAGAAGGUUUCUCUUUUAAUGAUAGACGUAAUAUAUGCGAAUGUGAUCUUAAGAACCAAACUACCUGUAUUAUCUGCAAUAGCCAGCGGUUAUUUAAAAUGAGUGGAACGCAAUGGAUUGGAGAAGGGGUGCUGUACACAGAACAUGCUCCCCAUGGUCACAUCAAUACAUCAGAAAAGUGGGUUACCUUGGAUGGUGUGGCUAAUGAAUGCCCUGCUAUUAAUGGAGAAUCACUUGAAGUUGACGAACAAUGUGCUAACAAUCAUACUGGACAAUUGUGUGGUAAUUGUAGUGGCAAUUACAGUCUAACUCUAGGAAGACCAGACUGUAAAGAAUGUGCAUAUAAAGGCCUAGCGUUUAUCGUUUUCUUUAUACUUGCUGGCCCUUUAUUGGUAGCUCUAAUUAAAAUGCUUGAUCUCACUGUAACUAUUGGCAGUGUUAAUGGGCUAAUCAUCUACGCCAAUCUUGUCUGGGCAAACGAAAGUAUUAUCUUCAAUUCAAGAGAGUGCGAGUUCAAUGAAUAUUUUCUGAAAGUGUUCAUUGCGUGGAUAAAUCUUGAUUUCGGAAUUACUGAGUGCUUCUUCAAGGGUUUUAAUGCAGUCUGGAAAGCAUUCUUCCAAUUUUUGUUUCCUAUCUACAUAUGGAUACUAGCUAUAGCGAUAAUCUUUGCAUCCAGAUACUCUGACAGAGUUGCUCGAGUGUUCGGCACUAAGUCUGUUUCACUACUGGCAACACUUUUCCUACUAUCAUAUUCAAAGCUAUUAACAGCAGUCACUACAGUCUUUGAUGGCACGACCCUAGGAAAUAUUACUGUAUGGACAGAGGAUGGAACUAUCGAGUAUAUGAGAGAGGAGCAUAUCGCACUGUUCCUUGUAUCUCUAGUAUUCUCUACGCUUUUUCUUCUCCCAUUCACAGCUAGCCUACUAUUUAUUCAGCCUUUACGAGCUAUUUCACAUAUCAGGCCGUUUCAAUGGGUCCACAAGCUCAAGCCUUUUUUCGAUGCCUACACAGGAAUUCUUGAGGACAAGUACCACUAUUGGGUGGGUGUUCUCAUACUGGCUAGAGGUGCUAUCCUAAUCACAACAGCUAUUACACAAGACAAACGCCAUGAUCUAAUCGCACUUGCCAUUAUUUCAGCUUUGCUUUGCCUACACACUGGUGUCUACAAGAAAUGGUAUUUGACCUUGAUAGAAAAAUCCUUUCUGUUAAACCUCAACUUGUUUGCAACCGCUUUAUUAGGUAUAUAUGUACAGCAAGGUGUUGACGGAAGCAAGCAACUUGGAAACACUGUUACAGGCAUCUUUGUGGGAAUUAGUUUUGCUCAAUUCGUUUGUAUCAUCAUUGGCCACAUUUUCAUGCAAGGAAGAAAGUUAUACCAAAAAUACUAUACUCAGCCAGAGGAAGAUCCUAACAAUCCACCAUUGCUUAUAGAAGGAAGAGAUGACAGCCAAUUUGCAAACUAACUGAUUUUUGUCUAUGUGUUUGUAACUCUAUAAUAGGAGACUAUAGUAAUUGUAAGAGACUGGAACGUUAUUUGUGUUGAUCGUUUUGUAUUUGGUAGGUAGAUGUAUUUACCUUAUGUUACGUAAAUGUAUUUAUCUUAUUCUAAUUUUUGUGACGUCAUGCCAGCUUAGUUUAUGAUUGAUGAGUUUUUGUGAGAGACCUCGUGUAGAACAAAAACUCUGUAUGCCUGUAUUUUGUGUGUUGUUGUUGAUUUUCUUGUAAUAAA